GGGCGGAGCUAAUGUGGUUGGCACACUGAAUAGUCCACAAUCCCUGGCUGUGUUCCUCUCUACAACGUAACCAUGAAGAUCUCCUUGGUGACCAUUUUUUUGCUGAUGCUCCUGACAGGCAUCAACGCCAGAGUCCAGCCGCAGAAAAACUUUGACCUUCAGAGGUUUGCAGGGAAGUGGUAUCGGGUGGGUCUGGCCUAUGAUUCUCCAGGCUUCGUGCCGUACAGGAACAGACUCACCGUCUCUAUGGGCGUAGUGGAGCCGAAGGAGAAUGGGGACGUCAACAUGACCAUGUGGAGUCUGACGUCUUCCGGUUGUCAGCGUAAGGUCUACGUUUAUGAGAAGACGUCUGUGCCCGGCGUGUUUAACUACUACAGCACUCGUCAUCGAAGGGUGAAGGACGUUACUGUGGUGGAGACGAACUAUACUGAAUAUGCCCUGGUCCUCAAACACAAGAAGAUCAACAAGGAGUUCACACAAGUGUCUCUUUACGGUCGUACUAAGAGGUUGAGGGCGGAUGUGAUGGAGAAGUUCAGAGCGUACGCCACAGCUCGAGGAUUCUCCAAAGAGUCCAUCCUGACUCCACCAGCCGCCGGUAAAACAGAAGACUGUUCUUGAGGAGGU